AUGGCUGCACUGCAGUCGGUCUGCGCUGAAGCUAGAGAAGGAACCCGGCCAGUUACGGUUCUUGGCGGCGCAAAAACGUCACACGGCGGACUCAUUGACAAGCAAAACCCAAGCAAGAGCUCCUGCAAUGGCUUCAGUACUAUCAUCAGCGAAAGUGACAGUACUGAGUGCAUCGAAGAAUCUGAAGGCUGUUGCCAGCGUGAAGUGGAGGAGUCUUUCUCGGUAUUUGAUGAAAUUUGCCGGUUCUCGCUGUCGUCUACCCGCAGCAGCAGGUCUCUACCAGCAACACAAACGGCCAUGCCCCUCCACGAGGCAAUUAGAACGAAAGAAUCAGAUUCAGGGGUAGUGAGCGGUACUUUUUCCGACUUGCCUGUCCUUUACCCAAGCUCCAAGACCAAAGAAGGCCCAGCUGUUCUGCUAGCUGUACUUCGUGAACUCGCUGAUGCAGGUGUGCGCACCCCGCAAGCUUGGGGGCCGCCUCUUCUCCUCAUUUUGAAGCAAUUGCCGUUGUUGAGCGUGUCGGAAUUGCACCAUACAGUUGCACUGCUUGCUGCCGCUGGUUGCCGACCACCGCUGUUGCUACAGGGACUCUGUGAGGCCUUCAGCUGGCGGGCAGCGGCAAAAAGUACUGAUGCUAAAAAAACUGUUCUUUUUCUGGAUGCGCUGAGAAGACUGAGGUAUCUUCCUUCGGAACGUCACCUUACUGCCUUCCUUGGUUCACUAGAGAGAAGGCGAAAGCCUCUCACAGUAGGAGAUUUAUUGAAGAUCCAAAGAUUUGUUGACGAGCUGGGCGUCCCCCCUCAUCUCGCCUCUGCUCCGUUUUUUGUUUCUAUUCUACCACAACUUAAGCGAAACAUUGCUGCCCUCAAGCCACCAGAAGCUGCAGCGCUGGCUUCACUCCUGUUGAAGAGAAAAGAGUUGAACCGAGACACCGCAGAGUCUCUGAGCACUGCAGUAUACGAGCAUCUUGGAGGAACAUCGUCGUUUUUGCUGUUGCAGCAGAGAGCUGCCUCCAUGGAAGGAACACUACAAAAUUCACUGUACACGCAGUGGCGCAAUAUCUCAGAAGGACAUGAACAAACACUGCAACAACGGCGGGAGCGUGUGGCUUUCCGCUCGUCGCUUGCAUCCCUUCUUCACUUAGGGAAGAGUCUUGCUUCAGCAGAUCUCAAGCAAUUUCCGGUUGCGUAUAGCUGGGCACUCGAACGAGAAAUAGAACUCCACUGGUCAGCGAUGGCCCCAGCAGAGGUCUCUGCGGUCCUCAGGCUUCUGGCGAGGAUGAAAUAUCGACCUACAUCCGCACUAAAUAAGCUCGGGGUCUCCUUGCAGCGCAACAUCCACCUUUACACACCGGACAUGCUCUGUGUCGGCUAUCUCGACGGCACGAAACCAAUAAACGGCAAAAAGCUGAACACCCGCAACCGUCUCUUCGGUUUGUGA